GGUCCACCGCAACCUGGACAGCCAUUCAAAUUCACCGUUGGUGAGUCCUGCGAUCGGAUCAAGGAGGAGUUCAACUUUCUCCAAGCCCAAUACCACAAUAUUAAAUUGGAGCUGGAGAAACUCGCCCAGGAGAAGACGGAGAUGCAGCGCCACUACGUCAUGUACUACGAAAUGUCGUAUGGACUCAACGUGGAAAUGCACAAGCAGACGGAAAUAGCCAAGAGGCUGAAUGGCAUUAUCGGCCAAAUUCUACCCUAUUUGUCCCAGGAACAGCAUCAGCAAGUGAUGACAGCUGUUGACCGAGCAAAGCAAGUCACCAUGUCAGAGCUAAACGCAAUAAUCGGGCAACAGAGGCCAGAUUUGCCAAGGCUAUUGCAGCAGAUGCAUGCCCAGCAAUUGCCACCUGGUGCUGCAAUGGGGCCACAUCCGGGUAUUCCUGGAUUAUCGGGUCUUGGACCUGGUGGUGGUUUGCCUGUACCGACAUCGGCAUCAGCAGCUCUACUCGGUCUAGGUCUUCCACCAGGUGCUGGUGCCAAUCCGGCUGGUGCUGCUGCUCAUCCACUCUCUAUGCUGGCCAAGCCAGAGCUACACAGGAGUCAGCCUGAUGAUCUCAAGCCCAAUGGUGGAUUAAAUCCGGCUGAGGAGAGGCAUAGAAGCUCGAUAUCACCAGCGGAGAGGGAAAAAUAUAGUAGACCGAGAAGUACUCCAGAUCCACAGCAUCACGAUCACAUGCUCCACAAAAAAAUGAAGAAAGAGCAGGAGAAGGAUUUGGGCCACCAAAGUGACGGUGAGAAAAGUGACCAAGACCUAGUGGUGGACGAUGCGAGUGAGGAGGCAACGAGUCCAGCGGCGAAUGGUACCUCAUCCCCAAGAGAGAAUGGACUAGAUAAAAUGGGAUCGUCGUCGGUGGGUCCGAUGGGUGGACAGUUGAAGAAGGAAGUGCCUCCACCAUCACCGAGGAGUGGAACAAGUAGUAAUGCAAGUACACCAUCGGCAAAGAAAAUGGAAGAGCGUGAGAAACCAACAACGCCAAUUUCAAAGCCAGUAACACCAACCUCGGCUGGUGGGAGUAGUUCAGGCUCUGGUGGUUUGAAAGCAACUGGUUCGAGCAAACCCUUGGUAUCAGCUGCAUCAGCAGCAGCCAUUGGUCCUUAUCCCCACUAUCCACCACCGCAUCAUCCAGCAGCUGGACCCCACGUCGAUAUGCUGGCCUAUCAGCCAGGUGCACUCAAUGGAUAUCCAGCUAGGCCACCACUUCAGCAACUCUACGAUCCCCACGGCACCAUGAGAGCACCACUUGGGCCACUUGGAGUACCUGGCGGCAAACCUGCUUAUAGUUUUCAUGUCGCGAGCGAUGGACAGAUGCUACCAGUGCCCUUUCCACCAGACGCCCUGAUUGGUCCUGGUAUACCCCGUCAUGCACGUCAGAUAAACACUCUGACCCACGGUGAAGUGGUAUGUGCGGUGACCAUAUCCAAUCCGACAAAGUAUGUGUACACUGGUGGUAAAGGAUGUGUAAAAGUGUGGGACAUUGGUCAAGGUGCUGGGGGUAAUGCAAAACCAGUCUCCCAACUCGACUGUCUCCAGCGUGAAAACUACAUAAGAUCAGUGAAACUGUUGCCCGAUGGUAGAACUCUGAUAGUCGGUGGUGAGGCGAGCAAUCUCAGUAUCUGGGACCUUGCGAGUCCCACACCUAGGAUCAAGGCAGAGCUUACUUCAGCAGCACCUGCAUGCUAUGCUCUUGCCAUAUCACCAGACUCCAAGGUGUGCUUCAGCUGCUGUAGUGAUGGCAACAUCGCUGUUUGGGAUCUCCAGAAUCAGACGCUUGUUAGGCAAUUCCAGGGUCACACCGAUGGUGCUUCCUGCAUCGACAUCUCUGCUGACGGCUCCAAACUGUGGACAGGGGGACUCGAUAACACUGUCAGAUCCUGGGAUCUCAGGGAGGGCCGACAACUGCAGCAGCACGACUUCAGCUCCCAGAUAUUCUCACUGGGAUACUGUCCAACUGGUGAGUGGCUUGCUGUUGGAAUGGAGAACUCCAACGUCGAAGUCCUUCAUGCCACUAAACCUGACAAGUAUCAGCUCCAUCUGCAUGAGUCCUGUGUUCUGUCGUUACGAUUUGCAUCGUGCGGAAAGUGGUUUGUCUCCACUGGCAAGGACAAUCUUCUGAACGCAUGGCGUACGCCUUAUGGAGCUUCGAUAUUCCAGUCAAAGGAGUCCUCCUCAGUCCUGAGCUGUGACAUCUCAACAGACGAUAAAUUCAUAGUAACUGGAUCUGGUGAUAAGAAAGCCACUGUCUACGAAGUGAUAUAUUGAGGCUCCUCAACAAUUUGUUAAUACCAUAGUUUAUGUAUAUUUGAAGUCGUACGCUUGUUAAGAUAUUUAUGAAUUUAACAUAUUGUGAGAGAAGAAUGUUGAGUGAUACAGAAAAUAUAGGUGAAUGAUACAUUUUAGGAUAAUAACGUGAAAAGUUGGAAACGGGUUUCCCUUUAGAGAACAGCUGUAUACCUAAUUAUUGUGCUUAACUUGAUGCGAGCUUUUUUUUACCCAACUUGUCAGGCUUAACUCAACGUUGACACCAUUUUCCCUCUUCCUCCACUCUCUGACACAGGGAAAUGAUUGCGCUAAAAUGAGAGUCAACGAGAGGAGAUCUUGAGGUCUCGUGAUAAUUACUUGGAGGAGGGCGAGUGAAAGAGGAAAUUAAUAAUGAAUGAAUGAAUGAAUGAAUGAUAGUGACGAGAAUAAUGCGUCAGAUCACUUAGGGACUGAAGCCAUAAUUCUAGGAAUAUAAAUAUAUAAAUAUAUAUGUAGAUAUAUAUCUAGUUAUGACCUGCAGCUAAAGAACACAUGUACUAUAUAUAAAUAAUGAGAAAAGGCAGGGAAGCAUUGAAUGACGGAAAAAAUAACGAAUCGAUGAGAAAUGGAUACGAAAAUUCGACAUGUUGCACUUUCUCGCUCAUUCGAAAUCACUAUUACGUAAAAAAAAAAUAAUGACUAGUGUGUUCCACGGUGGAGAAGUGAAAAUCGAAUUUUAAACUGAAGAAAAUUGAUAAAUCGAGGCAGAACAUUGGCGGAACAAAAUUACCACAAUUUUUGGUGAAUACGAAAGGGAAAAGGGAAAAAUUCGAGAAUAUUUUUGUGACUGUUCCUGUAAUCCUAGGUGUAAAAGGAAGGUUGAGCAUUUUAAAAUACAAGACGAGUAAUUGGAUUAAUUUGUUGAUUGACUCUGGUAACUAGAGAUUGGUUUACAUGUAUUCAUAGACUCACAGACAUCGCGUUAACUCGAGGCCUCUUGACUAGGGUAUUAUUAAAUUUACGAUGAUGCCAAGCAUGUGAUACAGAUUACAUACCGAAUAUUUAUAUUUUGUUACAGGAUAAUAAAGCAACCUACUCAAUUACCCUGUUGUGGUCAUGUUAGGCUCUCACGAAAUUUUUGUGGAGUGCUACACUGAGGAAUAAAUACUUUUUGAUAAGAUUUAUUUGAUGCAGGAAAAUAUUUUCUUGUCUUUCUUAAAAAAGUUGAAUUUACGGAGUAAUCGCUUCGUUUUCACAGUGAGGAAAAAGAAGUUUCAAGAGGAUGCAAAUUUACAGUAAAAAGUCCAUAUUGGGGAAUUGAAACAUACAUCGAUUGAAUUUCGGGGAUAUCUUCGCUACUGAGAGAGAUAGCGAAAUGCCGAUAAUGACCUUUUUUGUGGCUUUCAAUUAACUCCAGAGAAAUGGUCAGAACGAAAAAUUCACUAUCUCCCUUGGAUUCCGGGAUUUUUGUUGAAAACAGGCCGACAAUGAAAAUAGGUUUAAACCCUAUUCCUAAUAUUAAUUCUAAUGGCUAUGUGGGCUAACAAUACAAAAUAAUCCUGGAACAAUAAUCUCUUUAUGUUGAAAGACUUUUUUCUCACUGUAGGAAAUUAUUUGGCAAAUUUCUAGAUUAAAAAAAUAGUCAGGCGAAUAUUUCUUUGGAUCAAGUGAAUUUUCUUCGUAGAAAUAAGGGUUUUGUCUCAGUGUAACUUCACGAUCGCAAUUUAUGAGAGUUUUAUCGAUCAACAGUGAUCACAGCUCCGAUAAUAGACCAAUAGAAACAACAAUACCUCAUGAAGACUCAAUAGUUUAUUAUUCAACUGGAACGAAUCAACGUGUACAAAUGCGAAUAUUCUUUUACAGGACUGAGGGGGGAAGAAGCUAGUGAAUAAAACUGCCCACUUUAUCCUCAAUUGGGGAGAAGUAUCACAGCUCGCAUUAUCCGAAAUAAGAAGGUACUGAUACGAGAAAUAAAUAAUAAAACAGGAAUGUGAAGAUUCAGAUAAAAUGUCAAGCACAUCUCACCUGUUGUUCCUAAUGGAUUUAAAAGAUAUUGAAGUGAUGAUGGGAGAUGAUAAAUUUUAGUCACAAUCUGGUAAAACUGCAAUUUUGUCAAGUGUUCUUCGUUAUUGUUAUAAUUUUUUUUUAAUGUGUCGAGGGAGUAGUGUUUUUUAGAUGGAAACGAGUGGAACGAUGCGAUCUUUCGAAACUUUUAGGGUAGUUGUAUUUUGCCAUUGGAGGUAUAAUUUGUAUUUUGUAAAAAAGAAUGGAAAACGACAAAAAAAUUGAAACAAGUUAAUUUCUCAAGGAAUUUUAAUGAUGGGGGGUGAAUCUCGUGAAAUCGUAAUAAAAGAAAUUGAUAGUA